CCUUGCUUUUACUAUAAGAAAAAUAGACUAAUUCAAAUUAUUAGUUUCUUUCCUUCUUCAUAUGAGCUAAUACAAUGAUACUGUAGACUUUUUUGUAUGUGUGUAUGUUUUUUCUUCUUCUUUUAGGUUGCUUUAGCAUUGAUUAUUGAUGGAAGAACAUGAUUUAUCCCUGUCUUCAAAUACAUGUUCUAUCUCUGGUUCGACCCCACCAGAAACUUCCACGCUUAUUCUAUCAUUUGGAAGCGCCAGCACAUCAUACCUAUGUUUUGGAAAAUAAAGAAGCACGGAUCUACGGAAGAUUUCUCAAGCCUUCCUUACAUUUGCACAUUGCUUAAUUGCUCCUUAUGGACUUACUAUGGAAUCAUAAAGGCUAGAGAGUACCUCGUGGCUACUGUCGAUGGCUUUGGCAUUGUGGUGGAGACAAUCUAUGUUAUUCUAUUUCUCAUAUAUGCUCCAAAAGGGAUAAGGGGUAGAACUCUCAUUUUGGCUGUGAUUUUGGAUGUGGCAAUUUCGGCAGUAGCAGUAGUUACUACUCAAUUAGCAUUGCAAAGAGAAGCUCAUGGUGGUGUUGUUGGUGUUAUGGGAGCAGGCUUAAACAUUGUUAUGUAUUUCUCACCUCUCUCUGCCAUGGUUCUGCACAUUCUUCCAUGUUUUAGUUGGAUAUAUUGGUUCUGCACGGUUUCUUUCAUGUUAGAGGAUGGCUGAUGGAAUCCAUAAAGAUCUUUGUUGCUUUGCGUCUCGGGUAUCUCUAAGCCUUAUACGAGAACAUAUACAACAUAUACAGUAAGAUAUAAUAGAUGCU